AAGCGGCGGCCAUGACAGGUGCAUGGCAGGCGGUGAAGAUCAGUGGCUUGAUAGUGGGAGGAAUGCAGAUAAUCAUAGUGUUAAAUGUCUCAUUUGGGAGCCUGGGAAUUCCCAGCGGGGCCCCUUAUUAGUGCUAGGUGUUAGCAAUGGAUGGAUUUGUGGAUGAGCAGUAGCAUGUGGACGGCAAAGCUGCGCGAGUUGUGAGUUGUGUUCUCUACUUUUUAAGCAUUUAAUGAUCAAAUAAUUCUCAUGUCAUGUUGGUCAUAUGAUUCAAUGCUACACAAGUGACCUGGAGUUGAGCCGCUCAUUUUUUUUUUGCGUGUCUAACCUCAAUAAAGAUAUUAUUGGCUGUGACACAUUAUUACUCACUGUGUCAUACACACCCAAUUGGCAUCCUUUGGAAAAAUGACUGCCAGCCGCUGUUUGGUCACAAGGCAGAUUCUGCCCCAGCAUCCGAAAGUAGAGUAGCAACAGAAAAGCCGAUUGGCUGGGAGCUGGGCAGCAGCUGAAAUAGCUAUGUAAACACUUUCCCUCUCUCUGUGAGCCCCGGUAAUUAUAGCCAGGAUGCUGGUGACGACAGUUGUCCCCUUGGAGACUUCAAAUGCUGGAAUAAAUUUGACAUUAUGAUAUUGGAUGCCGGCUCCAGAGGCGCACACACGUAAACACAUGGGCAGAGCCAUGAAGUCCGGGUUGUCCCGCCUGGAGCACCACUUGUUUACCCCUUUGUUCGACGCCCCCCGACACACCCGCCUCUCUGGGAUUAAACUUGACACCGAGGCGUGACAUGGAGAAAGGGGCCCUUUAAAUUCGGUGCGCUGGGUUUUACGUAACAGAGCGGAGGAAAAACAAGGGGGCAGCUCCUGAGAGAGGGACUUGUCAAUUUGCCGGCGAGGAGAGCGGAUGUGUUGGAGAACGGAGCGCAGGAACUAGAUCAGGAUUUACUGGAGACUUCCUUGCCAUAACCAGUGUUUCCAGGCCAUCGAGCUUCCCCCCUGCAAUCUACCCGGCAACCCAUCUGUGACCUGUGGCAGGAGAGUGUAACCAGAGAAAGGGGAAAUUGCCCUUUUGACAAGCCCCCAGAGUAUCGAGCCUCCUGCGUCAUGGCAGCCAUUGAUCUGGAGCGCGGGCUGGAACACGGUGGUCGGGGCUGGGGGCCAGAGAGACCGGAGCUGAUGGACAACUUUGACUCUGAGAUGCAAGAGUGGGAAGACCAGCUGCAGGACAUCCAGAGGAAAAUAGAAGAGCUUUACAAUGAAGUUCAAGCUCGCAGAGGAGGAAGUGACAUCACUCAGAAAACCGAGCGGGAGUUGCACCCCCGUAAUGGCUCUUUCCUGUCCAGCAACUCCAGCAAGAGUCCAGCUGCAAAUGUGCCUCAUCACUAUAAUAAUGGGUGCAACUACGCCGCCCAUGGGUACAGCUACCCCAUGACUCAUCAUAAUGGCUACUGCCAUGGCAACGGGGUGUCUCAGAUUGGGGAGCUUCUCCAGGACUAUUUGGGCCAGGGACAACACUUGACCCGAAAGAAUAGCGGCGCACGCCAUGUGCACUUCAGUGACACCAUCGAUGUGAGUCCAGACGUCCCUCUGUACCAGGACAGGAAACGAUCUGGACACCAGAGCAGGGCCGGUCAGGAGCAGUUUUUUGGUGCGUAUGAGGAGGCGGAGAACAGAAAGAAUCGAGGGACUCACACCAGGAGUUCCCCCAACAAGGAGAACACGGGGGCCAAGCCGCCGCUCGGACAGAAAGAGGCUGCUGCGGCGCAGUCACGCUCCACUGCCCAGUACUCGGCCGAUUCGCCUGCUUUGGACAGAAAGUGCUACGGUUCAGGUGUCCUGGUGGACAGGAAGUGCAGCAGCCCUUCAGUUUUGAGGAAAUUUGGCGCGAUGUUGCAGGAGAAUGAGGGCAAAACACUUACAGAAUCGGGGGUCGUGACCCAGCAGGGACAUGCAUCGGAGCCCAAGUGCCCGACCCCGAGCUGUCAGCGCCGACCGUCUUCAGCCACCGGCAGGGCACCCAUGCCGCCACAGAAGGCAGACAUGCUGACAGCGCAGAUGGAGGUCAGCCAAGAAUGGGGGUCAGUUUCAGAAUCGGCUAGACAUAACCAAAAGGAUCUGAGAGGACCCUAUCAUGGCUCCAAAGGACCCCAGCCGAGCCCUCAGGCACAGCGAAGGUCGCAGAUGGCAGGGAGCCCCACGGUGAGACCCCGGGCUGACCGCGAGGGAGGAGCGAGGAAACCUGCUCCGCACCAUGUGGAGCCAAAAGGGGACUUCAGAAUCUUAAACGGUCCAGCACAGAAGUCUGGCUGCAGUAGAGAUGAUGGACUCAUUGAGCUCCUGGACAUGUUGGACAUUCAGCACGAGUACAGCCACAGAAACACUGCCUACAAGCAGGAGGUCAACUCUGUCAAGAGCUUCUCUCGUCCCGCACGACCAGCCAAUCAAAGACCUCCCUCCAGAUGGGCCAGCCGAACCCCCACUGCCAGGAUCGUGGCCCCAUCCGGGCCCAUGUAUCGCUCGCCCAGUCCACUAGCUCCCUCUCCGGUCCCUAAAACCCGGACCCCGAGCCCGGCCUUUAAGCGACCCCUCAUGUAUUCCCCUUUCAACGAGACCGUCAUCAUGUGAUCUGAACUCCAUCCUUUCCUUGUAAAUAGACUGAGGAUAUCAACUAAGUGCUUUAAGAAAGUUGCCACAAAAGCUUCAUGUACUUGAACCGUUUGUUUUCCUUAUUUUGUUUUAUUUUUUUCUGUGCCGAAACAUGAUUUUCAGGUAAACCGAUUUGUUGUGGUUCCGCCUUCUCCUGCUCUUUUUCUCUGGAGGGAAUCUUGCAUGCAGCCCUAGUUUGAGGGUGCAUGUGUUCAGUCUUUUCGGUGGCCAUGUUGAAUCUGGAGCUUUCUCUUUACCUGACACUACACGACUUUCCUGCUGUGAUACAAAGCAUCAGUGUCUUUUCAUUACGUCGCAAAUCAAUUGUGCUGCUUUUGUAUUAGUUACUGGAGGAGACCUGGAAGUUGAACUUGAGAGUAAAUAUGAGAUGUAUGAGGAAGUGUGAAAACAGAUGGGAUGCACAAGAAAGUUAGCACGACUGCCACCACCACUGCUCUGUUGCUGUCAUAGUGGUUUUAUUUGGGACUUCCCUUUCUUUGACUCCACAAUUUAGGUGUCUCCAAACUAGGCCCCUGUGGUGUGCCCCCUCUCACGGAUGAGUUUCAUCAGGGGAUUCCAGAUGGUUCCUUUUCUGUCGCUUGAGCUUGCCUUGUCUGAGCUACAGUAGACGGUAUAAAGAAAUUGAUGGUGGUGCAGGCAAAUGUUUGAGCUUUGUAGAUUUUCUUACGGUGAAGUUGAUGGGACGGGUAACGGUAGGUAGCUAUAGGGUAUGGUGUUGCGGAAAGUAGCCUUUUGAGGGACAAAUGUGCAGCUUUAUGAUGCUUUUCUGUUCAAAAUAUGCACGUGUGGUUUCCUUUUGUACUCAUUAUGGGAUGUUAAAUGGCACAUCAGGAGCAAAACCCAGACCCUGUGAGCUUUCUCGACGUGUCUUGGAAAGUCAUGUAGUGAAUAGCAGGUGUAAGAUGACUCGCAAUUGUCAGAGUGUGUGUAACUGUACCAUAUUGUCAAGGUAAUUCAGAUGUUUAUUUGUGACAAUGAUAUGCCUUUCAAGUGUCCAUUUCUUUCUUGGUAAUAAAUAUGA